AUGAGGGAUAUGGAGAUUAUUACACUUGUCAAAUCUCAGUAUUCAGAUUUUGUAACUGCAAACACUCGUAUCCAGGGGCCUCUUUCACAAACGGCAGCUACAUGGCAACCCCCGCCAGCCUCCAUGGUAAAAAUUAAUUUUGAUGUCAGGUUUUUACAUGCACAACAAAAAAUAUGGUCAGAAGCUAUUAUUAGAGAACACACAGGACUUAUUUUGGGAGCAUGUAAAAGGAGGGUGGAUCAUAUUACCUCAGUUUUCAUGGCGGACGCAGUGGCAGUCGUUCAUGCAAUGCAGUUCGCGGUGGAGAUGGGAUAUCGCAGAGUGGUGGUGGAAGGUGACUCAAGAACAAUAAUCGAAAAGAUGCGUUCACAAGACCCUGAUUUAUCCGAGGUAAGCGUGAUAACUUGGGAGGUGCGAAACCGAACGAAAUUCUUCCAUGCAUGUUGUUUUAGUUUCGUUCCUAUAAAGGGAAACAAAGCAUCUCACUGUUUGGCAGCUGAUCAGGGGGUGUUGAGAGCUCUAUUAGAUUUUCCUUGCGCCAAGCGUUUCAAUUUCUCAAAUAUGUUUUCACAGCAAGGAGGUGGAAGGCCAUAA